UGUCGUCUUCCAACCCUAUCGCCACGUGUAUUCCACUCAACUGGUCAGAGUCCGCAUCGAUCCUGAAGGUUCUCUGUGGACGCGCAGCCUGGCCCCGCCGCCGCAUCCACCGACCAGAGCACCAGACCGGACACCGAACCGCUUGUCUCCUCCAGCGACCUCUCCGGACCGCCGGCGAUGAGCGGCGGGCUUCCGGGUUUCCACAAUGCGCCGGUGUCGAGGGCCGUGGUCGUCGCCGCCGCGCUCUUCUCCGUCCCCUUCGGCUUCCGCGGCCGCUUCCUCGAUCUCGGCCUGUCCUACCAGAAUGUUUACGAAAAGUUGCACAUAUGGAAGCUGAUCACCUCGUUGUUUGCUUUCUCCUCGACACCUGAACUGAUCUUUGGAGUGGCUCUGCUGUACUACUUUAGGGUGUUCGAGCGGCAGAUCGGUUCGAACAAGUAUGCUGUCUUCAUAGUUUUCUCCACGACGGUGUCUGUACUGCUUCAGAUCCUAGCUCUAGGUUACCUGAAAGAUCCUUCUUUGGCCCCACUGAUAUCUGGACCAUAUGGCCUCAUAUUUGCAUCUUAUGUACCAUUCUUCUUUGACAUCCCUAUUUCAACAAAGUUUUGCAUAUUUGGACUGCGUUUAUCUGACAAGUCUUUCAUAUAUUUGGCAGGCCUCCAGCUUCUUUUCUCAUCUGGAAGACGUUCUGUCAUACCUGGAAUUUCUGGUAUACUGGCCGGGCUUCUGUAUCGUGUGAAUUUAUUUGGUAUACGUAGGUUGAAGGUCCCAGAUUUUGCAACUUCACUCUUCUCGCGGUUUUCAUGGCCCUUUGCUAACAUCUCUUAUCAAAGAUUGCCGGUUACAAGAACUGAUGAAAACAUUCCUUAUCACCAGGCUCGUCAAAUGGAGGGCGUGCCCGCAACCACACCAGAUCCAGUGGAGACCUCAAUCUCAACGCUUGUCUCCAUGGGUUUUGACCGUGCUUCUGCAAUUCAGGCUCUUGCGCUGACAAAUAACGAUGUCAAUUUGGCCUCAAACAUCCUUCUUGAAGCGCAGUCCACGUAGGAUGAUGAACGAUCUGUAAAUUUGAGAAUCAGUUCAUUCCUCUGCUCCAGAUUAUUUUUCAGGAACUUGUUGACACAAGUACAUAUUCUCUCUCCAAGUUGUACUUGUACAGUAUCUGCAUCGUGCACUUUCCUACUGUGUGCGUACCACCACAAAAUGGUCACAGGUACACUAUUGAGUUUAGUUUUGUCGUAA